UUCUUCCUCAAUGUAAUAUCUGUAAGGGUUUCGACCGCACAGAAGUCUUUCCCCUCUCUCUUUCUCUCUAGUCCUCAGUAGGAAACCCUCUGAAUUUCUGAGAAAGUCUCCAAUUCCAUGAAUUAGCAAGAUUAACAAACCCUCUCGAUUUUCUAAGUUGCCAAUCAGAGGAAAGAAAAUGGGGGAGAAUUCGUCAUCGUCCCCAAAACCAAUCCAAUCAGCCAACACGAUCGAAUCGAUCCCUCAAAACCCUUCGAACCCAGCCAUGCCCUCUCCUUCAAACCUAUCUCACUCCCCAUCAAUUGAAAUCCCACAACAAAUCUCAUCCCCACCUAUACCUCAAAUGCCCCAAACCCCAUCACAACAACAACAACAACAACAACAGCACCAGCACCAAAUCGCAACGCCAACCGUUGGAUUGGAUUACCAACAAAAACCCCAACAACAGCAGCAGCAGCAGCAACAACUUAUUCAACAACAAUUACAGCAGCAGCAAUUGCAACAACAGAACAAUUUGAUAUCAAGCUCGAGUUAUCAAAUUCAGCAGAGCUUACAGAGAUCGCCCUCGAUUUCUAGGUUGAACCAGAUGCAGCAGCAACAGCAGCAGAUGCAGCAGCAAUACGGUGUCACCUCGGGGGCGGGUGCAAUGCGGCAGCAAGUUGGGGUUUAUGGACAGAUGAAUUUCGGUGGCGGUGGCCUUGCUCAACAGCAACAGCAACAGCAACAACAAGCUCAGCAACAACAAGCUCAGCAACAACAAUUGGGUCAGAUGGGUACUGGCAAUUUGGCAAGGUCUGCAUUGAUUGGGCAGACGGGGCAACUGCCUAUGUUGUCCGGUUCUCAGUUCAACUUGCAGUCACAGUUGUUGGCUUCGCCAAGGCAGAAAACGGGCUUAGUCCAAGGGUCAUCCCAGUUCCAUCUGAGUAAUUCUCCUGGACAGCCUUUACAAGGUAUGCAAGCAAUGGGGAUGAUUGGGUCGUCUCUUAAUAUGAGCUCACAAGUCAGAGCAAAUGGGUCCCUUGCAUAUGGCCAGCAACGGAUAAACCAGGGUCAAAUGAGACAGCAAUUGUCACAACAAACUCCGCUCAGCUCAACUCAGAAACUACAGGCUCAAAGCUUAGCAAGGACAUCAUUAAUGAAUCCUCGAUUACCUGGGUUGGCUCAGAAUGGACAAUCAGCUAUGAUGCAGAAUGCUUUGUUGCAGCAACAGUGGUUGAAUCAAAUGCCAGCAAUGUCUGGUCCUAAUUCUCCUUUAUCUCGUCUUCAACAUCAGAGGCAGCAACAAGCACUUAUGCAACAACAACUAGCUUCAUCUCCUCAGAUGCACCAAAAUUCUAUGGCCUUGAACUCACAUCAAUUAUCCCAACUGGUACAGCAGCAGCAGCCGAUGGGGCAGCAGCAACAGCAGCAGCAGCAGCAGCAGCAGCAGCAGCAGCCACAACAACAACAACAACCACUGCCACCACAACAACAGCUUUUGCAUCAGCAGCAGCAGCAGUCUCCCAGGAUGGCUGUAGCUGCUGGCCAAAAAUCUUUAAGCUUGACAGGAUCACAACCAGAUGCUACUGCAUCUGGGACAACUACACCAGGGGGUAGUUCAAGCCAAGGAACAGAAGCAAGUAAUCAACUUCUUGGGAAGAGAAAGAUACAGGAUUUGGUUUCACAGGUGGAUUCACGAGGAAAGUUGGAUCCUGAAGUUGAAGAUCUUCUAUUGGAAAUUGCUGAUGACUUCAUUGAUUCGGUAACUACAUUUGCUUGCAGUUUGGCAAAGCAUCGGAAAUCUUCGAUUUUAGAGUCCAAGGAUGUACUGCUACACCUAGAGAAAAACUGGCGUUUGACUAUCCCAGGGUUCUCAAGCGAAGAGAAGAAACAUCAACAGAACAUUUCAUCAAGUGAUCUCCACAAGAAGCGUCUCAGUAUGGUACGUGCAUUGAUGGAGCCAUCACAUUCUGAAAGAAAUAUUAAUAAUGCUAAAGAGAUGCCCAGGCAGGGGCUUGGCAACCCAGUUGGUGCCAACCAGCCGAUACGACCUUCUCCAAGUUCAGAGAAGCUGGUUUCACAAUCACCUGCUUCUCAAAUGCUGCAGCAAACGCGGUUUUAGUGGAUAGAAGUUCUCAUAUCCAUUUGGUCUCCAUGUUCAUUGUGUAUAAACACCUAGACUUUGUUGGUUGGAAUAAUGAAGGAACAAGCUUUAGUUAAUUGGUAAGUAUUUGAUAUUGGAAAACUGAGUGUGGAGAAGCACAGUUGCAGACCAUCUAUUGGUUUGUUCAAACUUGAAAAAUAUGACCAUCCAAUUGAGCUGAUAGUGACAUGGAAUAUACAGUUGACAAAAGUUGUGAGCCCAUGCCUCGCAGCAUGAAUUGAGCUUGAGUUUGGCUCCUCUCCUGUACCUUUAUAUCUCACCAUAUCAGCGUUGUAAAAUUAUUGGGAGGUGUUGUCGGAUGGGUCUUACUUAGCAGUUCAGUAUAUGCUAAAAUAAUCCAGAUUGGGUUACUUUUAGCUUUUCAGUUUCAGUUUACAGUUACAUCUGUGAAUGGUGCAGAAUGUUUUCGAUUUUUUUUUUUUGGUAAGGAUGUUUUUGUUUGUUUUUCUGUACAUUUUGGUAACUGUUUUAGUACUAGUUGAUGGUGCUUGAUUUUU